AUGCAAGACGCAAUGUUAUGGAAAGAAGGCUUUCGUGGGCCGAAGUUUGACCUCCUUUACCAACCCAUAUUCAAAAUGUGCGAUAUAGUUGGUCUAAAAACCUUUGACGGUUUAGAAAGCAACAGAUAUGGAUUCGCUUUCUCCCAAGAUGAUGGUCUCGCCGUUACGCAGAUGGAUUUACUCCAAGGGUGCUCUGAAGAUACCGCCACAAUUCAGACUGCCGGCAUAGAGGAAUCCAAUGAGCAGAGCUUUUUUGUUAAGCCGAUUGAAAGGUCUGUGGAUGACAGAACGGUCGUCAGCUCAAUCUCAUUCAAAUCACCACCGCAAUCUACAGAUCUGACUAAAAGCGUAAAGACUGUGUAG